AUGCAGGAGCUCCGGCAGGAGCGGGAGGAGCGGCGGGACCGCGAGCUACAGCAGGAGGAGCACAAGAGUUCCGUCCCGGCAGUGGCAAGCCCGGAGGCGCAGGCCCCGAGCGCUCCGCUGAAACCGGCCCCUCAAGAUCCUCCACGGGUCUUUGCCAUCGGCGAGAAAGUUCGCUACUGGAGCGGGACGCACCGCAAGUGGGUCGAAGCCCACGUCCAAAGAGUGAACCGGGACGCCGACGGCGAGCUGCUGUCCUACGACCUAACCGCGAGGGCUCAGGCAGAGAUCGCGAGAGUCAAGGAUGCCAGCACCGCCGAGGACGCGCCAGCUCCCGCGGUGUCCCGACAGUCUGCGGAGGAUGCUGACGUUUCUGAGGCAUCCGCAAAGCCUGCCGAAGAUCCGCCGGUUUCUGAGGAGCCUGGACCUGCGGUGAACGGCAGCGAGGCCUCCGCGGAUCGCUUCCAAAAUGGGGAGGAGGUGCAGUAUUUCAGCGAGACGAAGGAACGAUGGAUCGACGCGGUCGUGGAAGGCCACCAGGCCAAGGACGGGGCCAUCGUCGCGUACGACCUCAAUUGCAAGAAGGGGGUUCCCGCAGAGCGGCUGCGCCACUCCGGGGUCCAGUACAAAGUAGGCGAGCUGGUGGAAUACUGGAGCGCCUCGGGACAUCGGUGGAUGCCUGCGAAGGUGGAGCGGCUGAAUUUGGAGGCACGGGCCUGUGACCUGGAUGUGAAGCCGGGAGCUCCCCUGAACCGAGUCCGCAAGGUCUCGGGCACGUCGGAAGCUACCGCCUCGCUCAUUCGACAGGCUCCGCGGCCCCUUCUGGGCCCAAUCCUGGCCCACAACGUCGACGUGCCUCCUCCUCCGCUGGCCUGCGGUUUCAAAGCCGGAGACCAGGCUCUGAUCUCUUUUCUGCUGGUGCAGUACUUCAGCGAGACGAAGCAGAGGUGGGUGGAGACGCUGGUGCUCCGCAUGUUCGAACAGGAGGGCAACAUCUGCUAUGACCUGGACUGCAAGAAGGGAGUCUCCGCCGACAAGGCCGCGGAGUUCGAUCGGUGUGCUGUCUGCAUCCAUGGCGGCAUCCGGCCUUCACAGGUCCGCUCCUCGCCACGGGCCUCCCAAGAGCGCUACGAGGUGCCACGCAAGAGAAUGAGAGGAGGAGAGGAGGAGAGGAUCGGACGACGUGCUGUGGCGCCUGUUGGCUUGUUGGAGGUCGGCGAGCAAGUGGAGUACUGGAGCGUCUCGGCGGGCCGGUGGCUGCCUGCGAAGGUCCAGGUCGUUCGGUUGGACCUCGGCCGCUGCGACCUCGACAUCAAGCGGCUUGGCCGCGGUGUCACUCACCGGUUGGCCGCGCCUAUCGGAAGAAUCCGGCGGCCGAUUGGUCACGCAACGGCGCCCAAGCCCGUGCCGGCAGUGCCUGCGGUGCCUGCUGUGCCUGCGGUGCCUGCACCGCCCGAGCCGUUGCCGGUGAUGCCUGUGCCCGCUUCAACCCCGACGCCUCCUCCGGCGCGGCGUCGCAAGCCUCUGCCGCAGCCACCAGCAAAACCGGAGCCCCCGGUGGAGACGGCCGUGUGCUUGUCCGAGGAGGAGGAUGAGGUGCCUCCCAUGCCGCACGAUCUGCGCAAGCCGCUCCCGCCCCCGCCGCCCAUGCCGCUGCCCCUUCCAGUUCAAGCGGUGCAGCCGCCGCAGGAGCCAACAAAGCCCAGCGAAACCGAGGCCCAGAAGCAAGAGCCCGAGAAGAGGGACGCUUCUCCUUCCCCGUCUCCUGCAAAGGAGCCUGCCGUGGAGGAGCCUGCAGAGGAGCCUGCCGUGGAGAAGUCGCCAGAACCGGAGCCUGUGAGGCAGAAAUCCCCGAGUCAGGAUUCAAGCCAGGAAUCUGAGGAGGAGGAGGAGGAGAAGCCGGCAAGGCAAGACAUGGAGAUUACGCGCACUCCGACGCCCCCUCGCCACGUGCUCCAAGCGGCCCGACAAGCGUGCCAAGCCUACAGAUCGCCAGUCCAGCUGCAAGGGCCUGACGAGCCAACUUCGCCGGCUGACUGCAUUCGGGUCGAGCUGGAUGAGGAGUCUGAGCCGACAGAGAGACCACCUAAAGAGGAGGACCAGGCGCCAGAGCCAGAGCCUUCUGCGGCUCCGCCUGCAGUCGAGCAGCCGCUCAAGCGCCCCCGCGAGCCCAGCGAGGACCUGGAUUUCGAGGCCCCGCCCACGCUGCCGCGCUCGGUGAAGGCAGCUCAGGAGCAGCCCAGGCUGGAUUCGCUGGCCCAGCCCCUGCAAAAGCAAGCCAAGGAGAAAGGACGUCGGCGGCGGCGCAAGCACAAGGAUGCGGAUCUAGGGCAAGCGGAAGAGAACGGCUCCAAAGAAGUGAGGUCCGAUGUCCUGCCGACGAAUGGCGACGAGGGUCCAGAUGGUCCACGCCCAGGUCCGGGCCACAGUCGCCGUCGGCGGCGAAGGAGGGAAUCCGAUGCUCCGAGUCCCGGCCCAGGCAAGCCUCCAGGUGAUUACGCGCCUGUGCACGAGGAGCCGAGGUUGGAUGACCGUCCUGACCACGGAGGUCGGCGUCACUCGAGGUUGGAGACGCCAGGCAGAGAGGAUGCCCAAGCCAGGCAUGACGUGUGGACCAAGCGAGACCCACAGCGAGGUGGAAGGCGCCGAAUUCCCCCGGGAGCCACGGCAAAGGCCCUGCCAUCAUCUCGGCAACGAGACGCUCGGGACCGCGAUCGAAGCCGCAAUGGAAAUCGCGAGGACUUACUUGGUGCCUGUGAUUUAGUUGGGGCUGCCCAAGAUGCCAUGGAGACCGUGGAAUGGCAAAGGCUGGUCAUGGAGCAGGAGGAGGCGAUGGCACGGCAGCAAAGCUCGGAAAAGUCGCCGCGCCCAAGACGAAGGUCUUUGACGCCCCUGGCUCGAAGGCGUGUGCCGCGAGAUGGACGGGAGCUCGGACGAGAAGGAAGGCCUUGGUCCCCCAGAUCAGCCGAAAGGAACCGUGGAGACGCAGGCAGACAUGACUUGCGCCUGAAGAGCCGGUCACGCUCCAGAAUGCGAAACAGGCCCCCGACGGGGAGGAGGACAUGA